AGGGUGGUCCUUCUGUUCAUUGAGGAGGAGAAAAGUGUGUCCAGAUGCCAGUGAGGCACAGCUGCGCGUCUCAGAAUAACGCUGCUCAGAACUCCUUCAGGAGCGGCACACGGUUUGGAGGAAACCCAGCACACUCGGGACGAAUGAAAUGUUUGCAGUGCGUCUGAACAGCAGCAUGAUCUCUCCUGUCAACAGGUAAGACGAGCUGCUCUGAGGAACACGAAGCAUGUCUGAGGAGUGGAUUAUCUGGACUCUUUGAUUACCAUGAGGACUAGACUAGACUGAAGUGAAGCCGGGCUCCACAGAGCCGAGCGGAUCAUGUGCUGUGAAAGACUGCACAGACAGAAGAGCUGUGGACGCGGGAUCUGAUCCGACUCCUGGAGUGAUACGAGGAUGGCCUCGGAGCUGCUGUGUGGACUCAUCUUCAGACUGCUUCUGCCAGUGGGGCUCGCCGCAGCAUGUUUGUUCCGGUACAACUGGCUGUCCUUCGUCUACCUCAUCUACCUCUUACUCAUCCCACUUUUCGCCGAGCCGACAAAGACAACAAUGCAGGGUCACACGGGGCGUUUGCUGAAAUCCCUGUGCUUCACCAGUAUGACGUUCCUGCUGCUGCACAUCAUCCACCAAAUCACAAUCAACAGUCUGUUAGCAGGAGACAACCUCGAGCCCAACUUCAACUGUUCAUCAUGGGAGAGAUCAAUACGGCAGCUGGGCUUUGAAAGUGUCCGAGGCGCAGACGCCGGGAACGGCAUCCGAGUGUUCAUCCCAGACAUCGGCAUGUUCGUGGUGGGUCUGGUCACGUGGCUCCUGUGUCGCAGUCUGAAGGAUGUGUCUCAGCACAACUGUGACUUUGAGCUGGACGAUCAGGAAAAGGAGGAUCAGGAAGAAGACAAGAGAAGUGAGAAACUGGAGCUUGAGGAUGAGCUGCUGUUCGAAGACUUCGAGCUGGGCGAUGAAGACUGUGAGCUUCCUGUGGAGGAGGAAGUGGACGAAGAGGACGGAGAGCUUGAGGAGGCAGACGUCGAAGAAAGUACCAAAAUGAAGAUCCUGCGGCAAAUAGCAGACGUGGCGUCCAAACUCAAAGAAAUCAUUGGCAAUCUGAUUACCACGGCAGGAAAAGUAGUCGUAACCAUAUUAUUGGGGCUCACAGGGAUGAUGCUGCCGUCUCUGACCUCCACGGUGUACUUCUUCACCUUCCUGGGGCUGUGCACCUGGUGGUCUUUCUGCCGCAGGUUCGACCCGCUCCUCUUCAGCUGUCUGUGUGUCCUGAUGGCCAUCUUCAGCGCCGGACACCUCAUCAUGCUCUAUCUCUACCAGUUCCAGUUCCUUCAGGAGGCCGUUCCUCCUGGAAACACUUACGCCAGUCUGUUUGGCAUCUCUCCUGUGGUUCAGACGGACUGCUCUCACACCUGGAUGUUCAGAGUCAACCCUGAUCUGGAGUGGCAUCACUUUGUCAAUCCCAUCAUGCUCUUGGUGCUGUAUUACACUCUGGCCACGCUCAUCCGCCUCUGGCUGCAGGAGUCAGGAGACACGGUCAAAGAGAACGAGGGAGAGACUGAGGAACGAGAGGAACCAGAAUCUUCUGAGAGCAAUAUGACCGUUUACACUGCAGAGAAGAAGAGGCAGCUGUGGCGAAUGGCUCAUUAUCGCACAGAUGAGAGACACCUGCUCACCACACAAGACAGCUACAGCACACCUGAGGUAUUGAUGGAAACAUCACACAGAGCCUCGCUGGACCUCACCAAUGGACCGACGUCUGUCGAGCUCUACUCAAGCCCUCUUUACAGACCCGGCCGACCCGAGACUGAUCCGCAGAAAGUGGACUGCGGUGUUUACGAGAUUGACUCGGUGUAUGUCGAGCUUCCCGAGGUUCAGCCGUUCAGUGUUGUUCGUGUGAACGCGGCGGUCAAGGCCUUCAGGUUCAUCAUGAAGCAGAGCUACAUCUGUGCUCUCAUCGCCAUGAUGGCUUGGAGCAUCACGUAUGUGAGCUGGCUGACCUUCGUCUUCCUCAUCUGGUCCUGUGUUCUGUGGAUGGUGAGGGACCGGAGGAAAUACUCCAUGAUCACCUCUCCGUUCAUGGUGUUUUAUGGGAACCUGCUCAUCGUCCUGCAGUACAUCUGGAGCUUCGAGUCGCUGCAGCCGGUUCCUGGACUCUUCCUGAAGAAAGAAGUGCCUUUCCGGGAACUGGGAUCGAAAACGUUGUGCCUCCUCAGUUUCUGGCUGCUGCUGAGGCAGUUUCUGACGGAGAGGAGAGAGAAGCAGACGGUAGAAACACAGCUGUCUGAUGUAAAAGUGGAGGGACACACAAGUGAGGGUCUGCAGGACGAGGCCGGUGGACACAGAGAGGUGAUGGAUGUUUUGGGCCGUACAGUCAUGGCUAUGCUCAACAAAUACUGGAUCUACAUCUGUGGAGGAAUGUUCUUCUUCGUCAGCUUUGAGGGACGCAUCGUCAUGUACAAGAUCAUUUACAUGAUGAUGUUUCUCUUUUGCGUUGCACUUUAUCAGCUGCACUAUGAGAGAUGGCGCUGGAUGCUGAAGUAUUUCUGGAUGUCAGUGGUGGUUUACACCAUGCUGGUGCUCAUCCUGGUCUACACCUUCCAGUUUGACUCCUCCAUAAACGUCUGGUCCAACAUGACAGGCAUGAGCAGAGAGAAGCUGGAAGAUCUGGGUCUGGAGAAGUUCUCUGUUCCUGCUCUGUUCACGCGGAUCUUCAUUCCCGCCUCGUUCCUGCUGGUCUGCAUCCUGCAUCUGCACUACUUCCACGAGCGCUUCCUGGAGCUCACCGACAUCAAAUCUGUGGCAGACAAACAGAAGAGCACCAUCUCCAGACUCGUUCAUCUGGACGGUAGUCUGGUGGAUAUCUCCAUGAUCAAACCUUCAUUUAACUCCAUACAUGAGGAGGAGACUGAGGAGAGAGUAGACCUGGAGAAAGAGGAAGAUGAUGUUCAACAAAGUGAGGAAGAGAAGAUCUCUGAGCCACUCUUCAGCUGCUCGAUGACAGCAGACGCUGAGCCGGAGCAGGAGUCAGAGCUGAAGAGUAAGUGGCAUCUGGUGCUGGAGCGUCUGACCGUGCUGUUCCUCAAGCUCCUGGAGUGUGUUCAGAAGCUGCAGCUCUUCAUCUGGUGGCUGCUGGAGCUCCACAUCAUCAAGAUCGUCUCGUCCUACAUCAUCUGGGUCUCAGUCAGAGAGGUGUCUGUGUUUAACUCCGUGUUCCUGGUGAGCUGGGCCUUCGCUCUGCCCUUCAGUCAGUUCAGACCUCUGGCCUCCAGCGUCUGCACUGUCUGGACCUGCGUCAUCAUCGUCUGUAAGAUGCUGUACCAGCUGACCUCCAUCAACCCGUCCUCGUACUCCAGGAACUGCAGUAUGCCGGAGAACUACACGGAUGCUCAGCGCUCAGACAUGGCCAGAUCUCUGCUCUACAGCGGCCCGCUGGAUCCGGCGAACUGGAUCGGCCUCAGGAAGUUCUCUCCGCUGCUGGAGAACCUCAGGAAUAACCUACUGAUGCUGGCUCUCUUGGCGUUUGAGGUGACCGUUUACCGUCACCAGGAUUUCUCCCGGAUGAAGAACAACCUCCCUCCUCCGGUCACAAGAACCAUCUUUCACAACAUCACACGCCAACAUCUGGACGACGGCAUCCUCAACUGCGCCAAAUAUUUCACCAACUACUUCUUCUACAAAUUUGGUCUUGAGACCUGUUUUCUGUUAGCGGUGAAUGUGAUCGGCCAGCGGAUGGACUUCUAUGCCAUGCUGCACGCGUUCGGUCUGAUAGCGGUGAUGUAUCAGCGCAGGAGAAAAGCCAUCGCCCACGUCUGGUCCAAGUAUUGCUGCUUCCUGGCCUGUAUGUUAGCCUUCCAGUACCUGAUGUGCAUCGGCAUCCCGCCUGCGGCCUGCACAGACUAUCCGUGGCGACGGCCGUCUUCCAGCAUGGACUCAAACGUCAUCAAGUGGCUCUACUUCCCUGACUUCCACACCAAACCCAACUCCCUCUUCCUCCUCUUUGACUUCAUGCUUCUGCUGUGUGCGUCGCUCCAGAGCCGUGUGUUUGAGGAGGAGAGCGUGACGGCCGUGCAGCUGCUGGCGGGGGAUAAUGAGGAGAUCUGUCGAGAUCUGGACGCCGCCAGCUUCAGCCAGCACAACCCUGUGCCCGACUUCAUACACUGCAGGUCGUAUCUGGAUAUGCUGAAGGUGAUCAUGUUCAGCUACAUGUUCUGGUUCGUCCUCACCAUCAUCUUCAUCACGGGCACCACACGCAUCAGCAUCUUCUGUAUGGGAUACCUGAUUGCCUGCUUCUACUUCUUGAUCUUUGGGGGCGAGCUGUUACUGAAGCCAAUCAAAAGCAUCCUUCAUUACUGGGACUUCCUCAUAGCAUACAACGUCUUCGUAAUCAUCAUGAAAAACAUUCUUUCGAUCGCGGCGUGUGGAUAUAUUAAAGCGCUCGUGGUCAAUCACUGCUGGCUGAUCCAGUUAUUCAGUCUGGCCUGCACUAUUAAAGGAUAUUCAAAGCCGGAGCAGAGCUCAAAUGAACAGUGUGAGCUGCCGAGUGACGAGGCCGGGAUCAUCUGGGACAGCAUCUGCUUCACCUUCCUGCUGCUGCAGAGGAGGGUCUUCAUGAGCUACUACUUCCUGCACGUCGUAGCUGACAUCCGUUCCUCUCAGCUCCUCGCCUCCAGAGGAGCGGAGUUGUUUCAGGCGACCAUUGUGAAGGUGGUUAAAGCCAGAAUAGAAGAAGAGAAGAAGUCCAUGGAUCUGCUGAAGAGACAGAUGGACCGCAUCAAGAGCCGACAGCAGAAGUUUAAGAGAGGUAAAGAGAGGAUGCUGUCUCUGGUUAAGGAGGAAGAGGACGAUGACGAAGGAGAGAAGAGCGAAGAGAAGAAGAGACACAAAAGGAAGCACUGGAGGAGGCCUUGGGUCGAUCAUGCGUCCAUGGUCCGAAGUGGCAAUUAUUACUUAUUUGAGACCGAUAGUGAGGAAGAAGAUGAAGACGAGGACAAAAAGGAUGAGGAACCUCCCAAAAGAUCAGCGUUCCAGUUUGUGUAUCAUGCCUGGAUAACUGACUCAAAAACUGCCAUGAAAGAGCGAAGUAAGGAAAGACGGAGAUUCUGGCAAAGAUACACAGAGCACAGAACGAACAAGAGCAAUCAGAAGGAAGCUGCAGAGCAUGUGUCCAUUGAGGAAGGUGUCACAGAGGAGGACGUAUCUGACGGUCCAGAUAACAUCCUGAAGCGAGUGUUUAACAUCCUGAAGUUCUCCUGGGUGCUCUUCCUUGCCCUGCUGGACAGUUUCACCGCCUGGCUCAACUCCAUCUGCCAGGAACACAUCGAUAUCUCCACCGUCCUGCGCAUCGAGCGCUGCAUGCUCACUCAUGAGGUCAAGAAGGGGAACAUUCCAUCACGGGACAGCAUCCACACGUACUACCAGAGACAGAUGUGCAGCCCAGCAUCCGCCGAGUCCAGCCUGGACCGGACUGAGGACGAUUACUCAGACUUCAGCCCACUGCGGAGCCAGGCUUACGAGUCCAAUCUCCCCCGAGAAAACAUGUCCAGUGUGUACGAGUCUGAGGAGACCAGCGACCGCGUUCUCAAAACCAGCCAGCGCUCUCGAGUCAGACUGUGCCGCCUGUCGAGUGUAGACCUGCAGUCGUCGAGUGAGCUGUACUUGCAGCAGGGCACCAGUGACACCGUCGAGGAUGAUCCAGAAGCCUCAGACCUGCCUCCUCCCUCGUACAGCACAGCCACAGGCCUGGACUCAGCGGGACGCACCGAGGGCAGGAGGCUGAGGAUCCAAACACCUGAUGAUGAGAAGAGUGCAGAGACUCUGCUCUCCUCCAGCCAUCAGCUGACAGCCAGCGAGCUGCUACAGAGCAGGAUGUUCUAUGACGAGGAGCUGGAGGCGUCGGAGCUCUUCUAUCGCUCUCAGCCACAGUUCCUCCAGCUCUGCUACGCUCUCUACAACACACUGGUGGCUCACUCUGAGACGGUGUGUUAUCUGGUCAUCAUCCUCAACCACAUGAUCUCUGCAUCGGUGGCCACGCUGGUGCUGCCCAUCCUCAUCUUCCUCUGGGCCAUGCUGUCUGUUCCCCGGCCCAGCAAACGCUUCUGGAUGACCGCCAUCAUCUACACAGAGGUCACCGUCGUGUUCAAGUACUUCUUCCAGUUUGGCUUCUUUCCCUUUAACCAGAGCAUAGAGCUGGACAAAUCCAAACCCUUCCACCCGCCCAACAUCAUCGGUGUGGAGAAGAAAGAGGGCUACGUCCACUACGACCUGAUCCAGCUGCUGGCGCUCUUCUUCCACCGCUCCAUCCUGAAGUGCUACGGUCUGUGGGAUGAAGAUGAGCCCAGGUCAGGAGGUCAGACGGAGGUCUCUCAGCGCUCUGAUUCAGACAGUGAAGAGAAAGAGAAGAGCCCCGCACGCAUCCGGCUCCGCAGACAGAGCUCCAGCGUCUCGCAGCGCUCGGCCCGAUCCACAGCAGACAGCAGCCGCACGAGGACGAGUCUGUGUUCACGGAGCGCUCGACAGAAGAGCCACCAGCAGCUGGUCACAGAGAAGCUCAGAGAACAGAUGAUCAGAGCACAGCGCUUCACUGUCGAGACGAUCCUGGACAUCUAUCUUCCCAUCCGGCAGUUCUUCUAUAACCUGAUCCACCCGGAGUACAGCGCCGUCACCGACGUCUACGUGCUCAUGUUUCUGGCCGACACCGUCGACUUCAUCAUCAUCGUCUUCGGAUUUUGGGCUUUCGGGAAGCACUCUGCCGCGGCUGACAUCACUUCCUCUCUGUCGGAGGACCAGGUUCCCGAGGCCUUCCUGGUGAUGGUGCUGAUCCAGUUUGGGACGAUGGUGGUGGACCGUGCGCUGUACCUGAGGAAGACCGUGAUGGGGAAGGUCAUCUUCCAGGUCAUCCUGGUCUUCGGCAUUCACUUCUGGAUGUUCUUCAUCCUCCCAGGAGUCACCGAGAGGCGUUUCAGUCAGAACAAAGUCGCCCAGCUCUGGUACUUCGUGAAGUGCAUCUACUUCGGUCUGUCGGCGUAUCAGAUCCGCUGCGGUUACCCCACACGCGUGCUGGGCAACUUCCUGACCAAGAGCUACAACUACCUCAAUCUCUUCCUCUUCCAAGGGUUUCGGUUGGUGCCGUUCCUGACGGAGCUGCGGGCGGUGAUGGACUGGGUCUGGACCGACACCACGCUCAGUCUGUCCAGCUGGAUCUGUGUGGAGGACAUCUACGCUCACAUCUUCGUGCUCAAGUGCUGGAGGGAGUCGGAGAAAAGGUAUCCCCAGCCUCGAGGACAGAAGAAGAAGAAGGUGGUGAAGUACGGGAUGGGGGGGAUGAUCGUGAUGCUGCUCAUCUGCAUCGUCUGGUUUCCUCUGCUCUUCAUGUCUCUGGUCAAGUCUGUGGCUGGAGUGGUCAACAAACCGCUGGACGUGUCUGUCACCAUCACGCUGGGCGGCUUUCAGCCCAUCUUCACUAUGAGUGCGCAGCAGAAUCAGCUGAAGGACGUCGCUCACACAGAUUUCAUCCGCUUCCUGAAUUCAUACAGACACAGUUCUAGUGCACUGCAGUUCUUGGAGGCGUAUACGGCGGAGGGCGUGACCGUGGCGGAGCUGGAAGGAAGCUCCAACUCUCUGUGGACCAUCAGCCCCCCGAGCAGGAAGAACCUGAUGGACGUCCUGAGCAAAGAGGACCAGUUUCCUGUCACCAUGUCCUGGAGCAUCCAGAGGAAUCUGAGUCUGGGAGCAAAGGCUGAGUUUGCAGUGGACAAACACAUCACAUAUCUGGACAUGAUCACUAGAGAGGCGCUGAUAGCGUUACUCAAUGGAACCAGAAAUAAACCUGUGGUCAUAGAGCAAGUGUUUCCCUGCUUUAUUCGAGCACCGAGUGACUCAAACGCCAAACCCGUGGAUCAGCUCUAUACAGAUGAGGGUUAUAAGAGCAUCCAGCUGGACUUGGAGAGGUCUCACACCGGCAGUGAGGACAUUCAGGAGUGGUGGAUCGUGGACCAGCCGUCGGCAGCGAAGAUCCAGAUGAGAUCCGAGUCCAAGCUGCAGAAGAAGAGAGGAGCAGGACUGCAGCUGUACGUCUUCAGUGAUAAAGUCAGUCCUCCCAGCCUGGGCUUCCUGGCAGGAUAUGGGAUCAUGGGCCUCUACGCAUCCGUGGUGCUGGUGAUCGGGAAGUUCGUCCGCGAGUUCUUCAGCGGCAUCUCACACUCCAUCAUGUUCGAAGAGCUUCCGUGCGUCGACCGCAUCCUCAAACUCUGCACCGACAUCUUCCUGGUGCGGGAAACCGGCGAGCUGGAGCUGGAGGAGGACCUGUACGCCAAGCUCAUCUUCCUUUACCGCUCGCCGGAGACCAUGAUCAAGUGGACGAGGGAGAAGACCAAAUGAGCCUCCUGGGAUUGACUAAAAAACCCAACGAUCCCGAAGAAGGAUGCUGCAAUUCAACGAGACCUACAGGUGAACCAGCUGUACCAAAGAGCCCUGAUUCAGAAGCUGCCGCUACCAGAGGGAUCUUUUAAAGAGCUCUAGCGCCACCUGUCUGUCUGGAGAUUGGUUAGUCGCGCAUUGUGCAAUACGCUGUGCUGGAAGCUGGCCGUAAACUUGAAGAAAGAGAGGAGACGGUGACUGAACACUAGCCACUUUUUUCUUAAAGAGACAACUGGACACCAGAAGUGCUUGGGUUUCUAAGACUACUUAGCAUUGAAAUCAUGAUCUAUAAUAGCUUGAACGAAGAACAGAAGGGUUCUCAGGAGGAGUAUCCGCUCUUCAGUGUGAUUGUGGAUCAAUGAGUAUAAAGCACAUUCUAGAAACCAAUUGUUGGUUUAUUUGUCCGUCUACAUGUUGCACUUUUAGUCUUCGUUACAUGUGUUUCAAUGACCAUUUUGUAUGCAUGUAAAAGUCUACAGAAACUCGGAUCUUAAAUAUGCAAAAAUCACAGAUUCUCUUUAUUCAGUGGCGUUGUGAAACCAUGCAAAUCCAGAAUGAACAGAAAUUGUUCCCUGCAGUUUCAAAGCACACUUUCUCCAUUAAAACAAAAAAAUCAACUAAGA